AUUCUUCAGUUUCUUAUUUUCAUCGAAUAAUUUGUGUAUUUUAUGAUUUAUAAUAAAAUUUCUGGUUGUUUCUGUUUUUUCUUUUUCCAAUUUCUUUCAUCAGAUCUGAUCCUGCGGCGUUUUGCUCUGUCGAAGUCUCUCUCUCCUCCCUACCAUCACAACAACACUUUCACUUGACACACUAAGCUCCUUUUGUUUUCUUUCUUCUUUUCUGGUUAUUUUUGGCUAUUUAUUAAUUUUGAAGGUCAUAAUUCUUGUUUGAUUUUCCGUUUUUUUAAAUUAAAGCAUCUAUUUUCUCUCUCCUCCUCCUUCUGGAUGAAGAAAGAUAGUGUCUUUUUCACAAAUUAAUGGUUUUUUAUUUUCCAAAUUUACCUGGGUAAUUUUUCUAAAUUUGUCUGGGUAGUUUUUUUUUUUUUUUUAAAUGAUCCUCUACACACUAUUAAAUUUAGCUUGAAAUGGAAGAAUGUGAUUCUGGUGGGAUUUUCUAACUACUAAUUAUUUAAUUAUCAGGGUUGCAGCUAAUUUGGGUUGCAUGUGUUGUUCAGAAGACCUAUUUAGUUGAUUCUUCAAUUGUAUGGUGUAAUACUUGCCAUUUCUGUUAGAAAAGGGUUUAUCUUGCAUUGCUCAAAUAUAUAUAGGUUUAUGUUUGGGAUUGACAUUGAGAUUGAGAUUGAGGUUGAGGUUGAGGUUACGAUUGCGAUUCCGGGUUGUUGUAGCAUAUAUCUAUGAGGUUUAUGGUUUGAAUGGGUACUCAGACAAUGGGAUCUCAAGGUGGUGUAGGUGAUAGUUCUGUACCAAAGCCUCCAAGUUUAUCAAGGCAGGGUUCUUUGUAUAGUCUUACACUUGAUGAGGUACAAAACCAGUUGGGAAACUUGGGGAAACCCUUGAGUAGUAUGAAUCUUGACGAGCUUCUUAGGAAUGUGUGGACAGUGGAAGCUAACCAGACUGUUGGAGGAAGUGGUAAUAAUAAUAAUAAUGUUGUUGAUAAUGGUGCUCAAAAUCAUAAUCAGGGAGCUAAUGUGGAGGCAUCUCUUAAUCGACAAUCGAGUUUUAAUUUGUCUCGUGAUCUAAGUAAGAAGACAGUUGAUGAAGUUUGGAGAGAGAUUCAACAGGUGAAGGAGAGAAAUCCUGAGAGGCAAAAUACACUUGGUGAGAUGACAUUGGAAGAUUUCUUGGUUCAAGCUGGGGUUGUACUUGAUGCAGUUGGUAAUGGUAAUGGUAAUGGGAAUGGGAAUGGUAAUGGGAAUGAUAGUAGCAGUGGUGGUCAGAAUAACUUGGUGGGUGUUGAUCCAAAUUCUGGACGGCACCCGAAUGUUCCACAACAAGCUCAAUGGAUGCCUUACCAGUUACUUCCACAGCAGCAACAGCAUAGUAUGAUGACAAUGUUUAUGCCAGGACAUCAUGUGCCUCAGCCUAUUGCUGUCAGUGGUGGAGCUCUCUCAGAUACAGCUUAUAAUGAGGCUCAAUUGGCAGUGACAACUGCCCCUUUGAUGGGAACAUUGCCCGAUACACAGGCCAUUGGCCGGAAAAGGCUUGCUACGGGAGAGGUGGUUGAGAAGACUGUUGAGAGGCGGCAGAAGCGAAUGAUUAAGAACAGGGAAUCUGCUGCUCGUUCACGAGCCAGGAAACAGGCUUAUACGCAUGAGUUGGAAAACAAAGUUUCACGGCUAGAAGAAGAGAAUGAAAGGCUACGAAGAAUGAGGGAGGUGGAGAAGGCCCUGCCAAGUGUUCCCCCUCCUCAACCAAAGUACCAGCUCCGACGAACAAGCUCAUCACCUUUCUAGAGAUGUAUUCAUGAGCAGCUGUCCGAUGCAAAGCCGUGUUUUACGAGAUAAGCUAACUGUUGUUUCUGGACCAUCUUCAUCUCUGAUGUCUGAUGCUUCGUCUUUGUAACCCUUCUUCCUCUUCCUCCUUUUUCAUAAAUCUGUCAGUUUUUUCUAGUCUGCAACUGCUGCUGAUUUUCGUAGGUCUUUUUUUUCCAUUUCUAAAUCUUUUAGUUUUUUUUUUCCUAGUUUCUUAUAUUCCUCUGUGAGUAGCCUGUGUAUGUACAUUUUUAUGUGCGGAACGUAUCUCAAGAGAGUUGCAAAAAGGUAAAAAGAUUAAAAUUUAGCUUA